GUGUCUUUUCAACCUGCGCCCAGCCUGCGCCCUUUCGGACUUUUACGCCCCCGCCCCCGCGCCUUUUUCAUUUUGAAAUUGGCAACUCAAGGACCGCUCAAGGACCGGGGACUCCUACGGGCAGUUACCUGGCCUCCGCAAGCAACGACUGCCGGGACCCCUGCAAUUGUUUUCCCAGCAAAGAAAUUCACGACCUUCCAACGACCACUGGGCCCGUACGAAAGAUCCGUACAACCAGACGACUAAAAUUUGACUCAAGGGUGGCUGCAAACAGCUAUGAUGACACCUGAACCUCAGCCCAACCUCACCAGAACCUCGUUCCAACCUCACCCGAACCUGAUGGAGGGACACAAAACUAGUCGGAGAACAAAAGUGGCCGGAGCAAUGAUUAGGCGGCUCACCAUUAGAGCAGGGAUGAUGCUGACCUUCAUAAGGCUCAUCUCCCUCGCUAUUCUUCUUACUUGCUAUUGGUGGAUUGCGGCCUCUUGCGCCUCUUCGAUGCACAAUCAGUUCCAAGGGCAUGCCCCUGGGACUGAACGUGGCAAUCGUACAGGCCCUCCACGGACACCACAUGGCAGGGGACCAAGACUGGGACCUGUACUGACCAGAGCUACUGUCCUUGCAGAGCGUUGGAUUGACGAGUCAAGGAACAACGGGCAUGGGUAUUUGUCCAUUUUCGCAGGACGUCAACGUCUAUUCUCAAGUUAUCCCCUCAACCCCGAGGGUUGGAUUAACAGAUCAACAAGUGACAGCCAUUGUAAGGCCACGGGGUACAGGGGCAAGAAGGGGGACAAGUGUGUGCGUCGAGGGGGGCAUGGAGGAGAAAUCUCUCAGGCGAGGUCUGAUGAGCCUGGGCACCGAGAGGAGAUCGUCCGCCGGUCGACGUCAAUGAGGGGGCAGAGUGUUCCCCCUGCUCCAAGACCCAGCGAAAACAACCUGUUGGUCGCGCAAAGUGGGGGAAAGAAGUUACUUGCACACCGAGUGCAGCCUGGGGGAGAAAUAUCGACGGCUGAUGUGUCUGGACACCACAAGGACAUCAUCCGCCAAUUGACGUCAAGGAGAGGGGAGAGGGCUCGCCCUCCCCCGGAGCCCGGCGGAAACAACCUGUUAGUCGUGCAAAGUGGGGAUGCGAAGACAAUCUAUGCCAGUCCUCGCAGCUAUGGGGGGUAUAACUGGAAUACCCACUUGUACGGGUCCUCAAGCGGAGAGAGGACUGCAUCUGGCGGAAGUCAGGGGAGCUAUGGUGGACACUUACGCCCGUCCCCGUCAAAUAUGGGGAAGACAAGCGGCACUCCACAUAGAUCGGGAGGACAUGUACUCCAUUCCUUCCUCUCGAGCGGGAGAACAGACAUUGGCAGUCCAUGGAGCUACGGCGAACACAUCAGAUCGCUCUCGUCCAAGGUGGGGAGGACAGCUACCAAUCUUCGCUCCUGCAAACGGAGACUGCAAACUGUCCUCCAUCAAGCUGCCAAAUAUGGUGGACACAACUCCUCGUUCCUGUUGAGGGGAAAGGAGACAUAUGGCCGUCGAGGAAAAUACAGUGGACUUCGUCAGAUAUCCCAAUCCAGCGCACAAAGGACAAAUGGCAGUCUGCGAAGAGAUGGUGGCUAUGGUGGAUAUGGGGAACUAGUACAACUAUCUUUGUUGCGAAGAAGGGUGGGGGAAGAGGAAGAAGAUCAUAAUAGCGGACUUGCGCACGUGUGGCGACUUAGGGGAGACAGGGAGUAUGACAGUGCGCAGAGAUAUGGGAGAGAACGACGCCUAUCUUCGCUGUUGAGAAGGGAGAAGAGUGAGGCGAAAGGAGAUGGGGAGGAGGAUGGGGAAGGGGAGGACCAUCGGUGGAUUUCCACCAGGGAUACGUUCGUUUCCAUGUCGAAAGCGGGAAAGCCCAUGGGCAACCGCGGGACUCCGAGAUCAGCGGAAGAUCUGCGGCUGUUCCAGCAACAGAUUGCCAUUCGGGCCUUCAUCGACUCUCUCUUCGUUGACGAUGAUGUUGCUAGACUGUCAGCAGAAGAAGAAAUGCAAGUAACUACAUCAGCAGUGACUGCAGAGGAGGGAGAGACUCAAAUCUUCGAGGAGUUUGAAGCAGUAGCAGAAGAAGGAGGAGGGGGAGGAGGAAGAGAAAGGCUAGAUAGGGAGGGAGAGGUAAAGGAGAGCAAACUAGAGGCUUUAUUACAAAGUGGAUUUGAUCAAUCAGGUGAGAGACUUUCUGUCACGUCAGCAACUUGGGAUUUUGUACCGAGAGGAGGAGUAGGAGGUGGAGAAAGGUUAGACAGGGACGAAGAGGAAGAGGAGAGCAAAUUAAAAUUAGAAGCUUUAUCGCAAAAUAAACUCGAUAAAUCUGAUGAGGAGUUCUCUGCUAUGUCAACAGGUCGGCAAUCUAUACCGAGAAGAAGAGAAGGUGGAGAAGGAAGAGACGGAGGAGGAGGAGGAGGAGGAGAAAGGUUAUAUAGGAAAGAAGAGGAAGGGAGAAACAAAUUAGAAUUAGAAACUUUAUCGCAUAUCGGAUUUGAUGGAUCUAGUGGGAGAUUCUCUGCCACGUCAACAACUUGGCAACCUCUUCCAAGAGUUGUUGAUUGGUGGAAGAUCAACACUGAAUACAGUGACGAUGGUGGUCACCAUGUGACCUCUCGUGUUACUCGAGGAUCGGAGGUUUUUGACUCUUACUCUCAUGGAUUGCAGCUGAAUGGGGAUGACAUCGUAUCUAUUGUAGGAAGAGCCAUGAAUGAUGCUUCAUCACCAUCAACAUCAUCCUUGCCAGUCAGCAGCAAGGCCAUUUACUUUGUCAUUACAAGUGAUAAUGUCAUCGUUUCUGGUCAUUGCACCGAGUUAUGCGCUUAUCACGAUAUCUUCUUGCGACGAGCCCAGCGAAACUUUGUGUACGAGGAUAGAAAAGAACGAUGUAAGGAUAAGGAGGAAGAUAAAAGAUCCGAGGACAAAAAGAAUAAAAGAUGUAAUAAUCGAAAAAGUAAAAAAUCCGAGGAAGAAAAAAACAAAAGAUUGAAGGAUAAGAAAGAUAAAAGAUCUGAGGAACAAAUGAAUAAAAUAUCAUGGAAAAAAAAUGACAAAAUAUUGGAGGAUAAGAAGGAUAAGACUGUAAAAGGAGAGGGAUUGGAUUCCACGUCAGACGGAAAAUUUUUGUUGCGGUCGGUCGGCAAAACACGGGUGGGACGUUCUCGACCUCAACCGCGAGAACAAUUACUACUUUUUUCAAAAAAGAGUCUGUCAUCAAACUGGAUUACAAACCAGGAUGGCGGGCAAGAUCAGGCGCAGGUAGUUGAAGAGGAUGAGAGGAAAUGCUUGAAGAGGCUGCAUCAACAGAAAAAUGAAAAAAAGGAGGAGAGCGAAAAAGAAAGAGAGAAUCCGAAACAGAUACUAGGGAAAGCAAAGCAGAGCCAGGAGAAGAACAAGAAGAUCAACUGCCACGUGGAGGGUCAAACACAUCAACGAGUGGGCAACAUAAUCGGGAAGGGUCAACAAGAGCACACGGAGCAGAAGCAACAAAGCCAUGAAUUGAGAGGAGUAAAGCUGCGGAAGCAGCAGAUGAAGCAAAAAGACAAAAAGAAAAGAAAGGGGGAGGACGAGGGGGGCAAAUGGAAGGAGGAGAGGAGUAAGGAGGAGGAGGAGGAGGGGAGUAACAAGAAGGAAAAAAAUAAAAAGGAAAAGGAAGGGGGUAAAAAUAAGGAGGGAGAGGAGGAGAAAUAUGAGGAGGAGGACGGGGAAGUAAUGUUGAAAAGAAAGCAGCAACAUAGACGGGAAAAUAAAUAUCGGUUGCGGGAAGUUCAACAAAAAGAAGACGGGCGCUGGGUAGAAAGUUAUCAGGAGCAGGAAGAGGAAGAGGGGGUAGAUGAUCACGUCGGAAUGGUCAUCAAGUAUGUGUUCUUAGGAAAUCCUAUUCGUUGCCCGGAAGUCUGUACGUCUUUCAAUUCGGAUACAAUCACACCUAAUGGACACAUAGCGAUUGAUGGAGCGGUCAGCAUCCUCGCUCAUGAAUUGAUUGAAUCAACUAACGACCCAGAGCACAACGCCUGGUACAAUUCCCAAGGCUUUGAGUCGGCGGAUCUCUGCGCGUGGACAUUUGGACACAAUGAGAAAUUCAUGAGGACUGGAGAGUUAUAUAACAUGAUAGGAGUGGAUGGGAGGAGGUUCUAUGCCCAACAGAAUUAUAGACUCCCAGACCGCGGUUGCUCAACCACAACCUGAAGAAGAAGAUAGACAAGUCCAAUCAAUCAAUAACUCAUCAAUCAAUCAAUCAAUCAGUCGGUCAAUC